GUGGGGCUGGAAGGGGGAAGAGAGUUUGAGGGGGACUAGACGUCAAAGAAGGAUCAGAGAUUCCACAAUUUCACAAAACUUUCGCAAACAGCUUUUUGUCCACCCCCCCCUGCAUUGUCCUGGACGCCAAAUUUGCAUAAAUCCUGGAAGUUAUUACUAAGCAUUAUUAGUGGCAGCCCCAGGUAAUUUCCUCCCAGGCCUCCAUGGGGUUAUGUAUAAAGGCCCUCUGGAGUUGGCCCCUGACAGAGCCCAGAGCCUGCAGCCCAGACCCCACAAGACCAUGGCUGGCCCUGCUGCCCGGAGCCCCACGAAGCUGAUGGCCCUGCAGCUGCUGCUGUGGCACAGUGCAUUCUGGACGGGGCAAGAGGCUGUGCCCCUGGACCCUGCCAGCUCCCUGCCUGUCCCCCAGAGCUUCGCGCUCAAGUGCUUAGAGCAAGUGAGGAAGAUCCAGGCCCAAGGCUCUGUGCUACAGGAGAAGCUGUGUGCCACCUACCAGCUGUGCCAUCCUGAGGAGCUGGCGCUGCUGGGCCACUCUCUGGGCAUUCCUCAGGCUCCCCUAAGCAACUGCUCCAGCCAGGGCCUGCAGCUGACAGGUUGCCUGAGCCAACUGCAGAGCGGCCUCUUCCUCUUCCAGGGCCUCCUGCAGGCCCUGGCAGGGAUAUCCCCCGAGUUGUCUCCCACUGUGGACAUGCUACAGCUGGAUGUUGCCAACUUUGCCACCACUGUCUGGCAGCAGAUGGAAGAUCUAGGGGUGGCCCCCGCCGUGCAGCCCACCCAGGGCACCAUGCCAACCUUCACCUCUGCCUUCCAGCGCCGGGCAGUAGGUGUCCUGGUUGCUUCCCGACUGCAGAGGCUACUGGAGCUGGUGUACCGGGUUCUGCGCCACCUUGCUGAGCCCUGAGCAAAGCCCUCCCCACCCAGUGUAUUUAUCUCUAUUUAAUAUUUAUGGUUAUUUAAGCCUAAUAUUUAAAGUCAGGGAAGAGAGAACAGAGCCCAGACCUCUGUGUCCUUCCCUCCAUCUCCGAGUUUCAUUCUCCUGCCUGUAGCAGUGAGAAAAAGCUCCUGUCCUCCUGUCCACUGGGUGGGAGGUAGAUAGGUAAAUACCAAGUAUUUCUUCCUGGAGCUGCUCCCUGGCCCUGGCUCUGUGGGGCACUAAGAAGAGCCACAGUGAACCCUGAGGUAUCUACCUUGGGGCCCCGGGAAGCAUCAGAAGGUCUCUCACGUGGGAGACAAGCCAACCCUGUUUAAUAUUUAAACAGCAGUGUUCCCCAACUGGAUCCUUGUAUCCCUCUUUCUGGUCAGCCAAGUCCUGUGUCCCCUCACAUCCCCAUCCCCAUAGGCAUUAUUAAGUCUCUGGAGAAACACAGGCAGCMGGGACUAGGAGUCUUGGACCUGGAAUUUGCUGAACAAUCUAGUUUCUUUCUGAUUUGGGGGGCAUGUUUGACUCCCAGUACAAGGAGCUCAGACAUCCAUGUCCUUGGGUUUCUUGCCCCUGUCCCCACCAAAGUCAGAUUCUCCUUUUAGGACUGGGAUUAGGAAGGGAGAAGACAAGGGGCAAUCACGAAGGGAGUGUGAUGUGAAAGGAAGCCCAGGCUCAGCCUCUACCCUGUCCCCACUCUUCAUUGUAACCAGGCUGAGGAUAAUAAAGUGUUUGUCUCUAGUAAAUGUCCUUCCUCCUUCUUGAGUCCAGCUAGUGCCUGGCCAGGGACUGGUGAGUGGUGGGAGAGGCCAGAGGGAGUGGGGAGGAGGCUGAGGAGGAGGCAGGUCCUCUAGCUCACCCAGCGCUGACUCCUUCAGCAUGUACCGCCUGGGCACCUAUUCUGCAAGUGCUGGGCUGUGCUAGGGACAGAGCAAUAAAAAGCACACAUUCCUGUCCUGGUGCAGCCAUAGCCUUGUAGGAAAGGCAGAAGGCAGACAGACUGUGGGUGCUGGAGGCGAGAGAGGGCUUGGGGCUAGGGUGGGCUCACCAGGCCAGACACAGGCCGACUGGGCUGUAGCCAGGGGUCCUGAACAUGUGCACAGCUGGCUGCUUUACCAGCUUCCAUAAACUUGAGCCCAUCCACAGAGUUGCCCACAAAGACAGAAAAUGAGGAAGCCGAAUGUUUGGUGACCACUUGGGUCAGAACUCAAAUUCCAGGGGCUGGGAUUGUGUUCAGCGGAGAGUGCUCGUCUAGCACAUGG